AUGCUAGGUUUUCCGAUGCCUAUGUUUGGAUCGUACGAGGCGUGGAAGCUUGAUCGGAGUCUCUGCACCGACCGAUAUUCUCGGUAUGCGCCGUACGGCUAUGCAGACGAAACAGACGAAGCAGACGAAGACAACAAAGGCAACAAUGUGAAGUGGCAGGAUGUGAACUGGGCCACUUUGCAACAAGACUGCUUGCAUCGCAAUGAAAACCGUUAUCAACCUUCGAAAAUUGGCGAGAAGAUGUGGACUCUUCACAAGGAGCAUGAUAAAAAAACAGAUGAACAUCGCUGGAGCGGAGAGAAGAUGCAGACAGAUCGAAACAACGCCUCUGCUAUUCUCAAAUCACGCACCGCGGUAGUCCUGCGUACAUGGCUCGGCAGGGAAUACACGGAAGAUGAUUUUUAUUAUAUCCGGUCGAUGAUAAUGGAGCUAUCACUCUUAUCCGGUGCAGAAUAUGAGGUUGUCCUUUUGGUUGAUGCAAAAGAUAUUGAUUUGCCUCACCCAGCCGAUACGGUAGGCUUGGACAGUCUGAAAAAGUCGCUUCCGCGGGAGCUCCAGGAUUUGGCAGUAUUUUUCAACGCAGAGAUACUAAGAGACUGGUACCCGAAGAUCGACGUUCACGAGGCCAUACUUCAAUACUUUCAGCCAAUGCAGAUUUUCUCGCGGGUGAAUCCACAGUACGACUUCUUCUGGCAGUUUGAAAUGGAUUCGCGUUAUACCGGACAUUUCUAUAACUUUCUCGAGCAGGCAGCAGAUUUUGCAAGACAACAGCCUCGUAAGAAUCUGUGGGAGCGUAACUCAUACUUUUAUAUACCUGCUGUCCACGGGAGCUGGGAUAACUUCAUCGAUCAGGUAGACCAGAGCAUGAUAGGUCUUGAUAGUAUCUGGGGAUCACGGCCUGCACAAGGUAUCGAGGUUGGAAAUGAAGCACCUGAGCCGGUGCACUCGGACUUCAACUCAGACUCGAAUGAUGAUGAUUUUUGGAGCUGGGGCGUAGGUGAGGAAGCCGACGUGAUCACCUGGCUGCCUCAAUUUGACCCUCAGCAUACCGACUGGCCCUUUGCUGACCGGGUAUAUAACUUUCGUCAAAAGGGACGUACUCCGCGCCGGGCAUCAGUUGUCGCUAUGUCCCGCGUCUCGGCCCGAUUACUCCGGCUGAUGCAUGCGGAUAAAAUCGAAAAAGGUCUAGGAUUAGCAUCUGAAAUGUCCCCCACAUCCUGGGCUCUUUAUUAUGGGUUGAAGGCAGUUCAGGUUCCUCAGCCCAUUUACCAUGCGCACGAAACAAAUCCGAUUGAGCUCAAUCUCAGAGCUAAUUCAGGCAAGCCUGGCAAGAUCAGCGCUGGGCGGGAUAGUAUCUGGAGCUGGAACCAGCACAAUGACAUUCUGAUGAAAAUGUCUUACAUGUUUGGGUCUCAAUUCCCUGAAAAGAUUUAUCGAGCCUGGUUAGGUUACGAUGAUGCAGAGAAAGUGAGUUUGCUGGCCCUUUGA